CAAUCAGAGGUUAGAAAUCUCUCUCUCUCUCUCUCUCUCUCUCUCUCUCUUCAAGUAUAGAAGGUCAACGAGAGACGGCUGAUCUCCCAGAAUCAUCAUCAUUCAGGGGGGCUCCAUCUUCGUGUUCGCCGGCUGAAGAGAGAGUAGUCCAGAGAAUUUACCUAAACGACGAUGGAUCUGUUUGAUGGCUGCAGAAUGUGCCGAAUCGAAGAGGGUCUCUUUUUGGGUUCUUACGGAGAUGCAAGUAAGAAGGACAGGCUAAAGAGCUUAAAUGUCACCCACAUCUUGACGGUGGCUAACUUAGCCCCAGCAUUUCCCAAAGACUUUGUCUAUAAAGUUGUUGACGUCAUGGACUCUGAGAACACACACAUUGGACAGCACUUUGAGGAGUGUAUCAAUUUCAUUGAUGAAGCUAGAAGACAGGGAGGCAGCAUACUGGUCCACUGUUUUAUGGGAAUUUCUAGAAGUGUGACAGUGGUUGCAGCUUAUCUCAUGAAGCGGCGGGGAAUGCGCUUGUCUCAAGCUCUGGAACAUGUAAAGACCAGAAGGCCUCAGGCAGCUCCGAACACUGGCUUCAUUGUACAACUUCGAGAAUUCGAAAAUUCUCUAAACGAUGCCACAACCAUUUGAGCCUGAAAUAUUCGAAUUAGCCCUUUACAUGGUUAAUAGUCUAGAAAUGUUCAAAAUUCAUUUGCAGUGGAUGUCCCUUACCUUCAUGAAUUCUUUUUGGCUAUUUCAGAUUGAAUAGGGACCCUUUUGGACUUUAGCAAAUACUUGUCAAGUGUCCUCUCUUUUGGAUGGUAAUUUUUUUCGUUCUAACCUGUAACUCUACUGCACCUAUCUGAAGCAAGCGAUUGCCGGAAGAUGAACUAUGUAUGAAGAAAAAUUAUGUGAAAAAUACUGAAUUGUAAGGAGAA